GCAGGGCGGAGAGAAGGUGAUCAAUCUCCAUCCGCGUGCGUCACAAAUCACCUCCAACUCUCUGAUGCGCAAAUGACUUUCAGCUAUUUGGGCGCAAAAGCAGCCGGAGCCGCACCGAGGACGCGCUGACGCUCGUGUGCGGUUGAUCCUGGCUGCGUGUUUUGUCCGUGAUGUUGCAAACUGUUUGACUUUUUGCGCCCCGCAGACUUGCUGCCGCUGCUGGAUAAUUUGCCGCACUGAGGUCUCAGGAGGACGGAAGGACGCGCGUAAAGGCAGUGACCCGGACAGCCAGACCGGCCCGAGUCCCGUCAAGCUGCAGCAGCGGGGGGAAUCGAACCUGUGGCCUGAGCUGUGCGGAGCAGUGAGUGCCUGUAGCAUGAUGUCCUACCUCAAACAGCCCCCGUACGGCGUCAACGGCCUGGGGUUGAGCGGAGCCGCCAUGGACCUCCUGCACCCGUCCGUGGGCUACCCGGCCACGCCCCGGAAGCAGCGCAGAGAGCGGACCACCUUCACGCGCUCACAGCUGGACGUCCUGGAGGCGCUGUUCGCCAAAACCCGGUACCCGGACAUCUUUAUGAGGGAGGAGGUGGCCCUGAAGAUCAACCUGCCCGAGUCUAGAGUCCAGGUGUGGUUCAAGAACCGACGGGCCAAAUGCCGCCAGCAGCAGCAGAGUGGCAGCAGUGCCAAAACCAGGCCGCCUAAAAAGAAGUCUUCUCCUGCACGGGAGAGCACAGGGUCGGAGAGCAGCGGCCAGUUCACGCCCCCCGCCGUCUCCAGCACGGGUUCGUCCUCGUCUUCAUCCUCGUCCACCAACCACACAGGCCCGGCUGCCCUCAGCAGCACCUCUACCUCCAUCAGCACUGUGUCCUCCAUCUGGAGCCCGGCUAUCUCCCCCGGAAAUGCUCCGGCGCCGGCUGUGGCUCCUCUUCCAGAGCCCGGCCCGCCCUCUAAUGCCUCCUGUAUGCAGCGUUCAAUGUCAGGCUCUGCUGCCGCCGCCACCUCCUACCCCAUGUCCUACAACCAAACGCCAGGUUACGGCCAGGGCUACCCUGCCCCGUCCAGCUCCUACUUCAGCGGGGUGGACUGCAGCUCCUACCUGGCCCCCAUGCACUCCCAUCACCACCCUCACCAGCUCAGCCCCAUGACGGCCUCCUCCAUGUCGGGCCACCCGCACCACCACAUCAGCCAGUCAUCAGGCCACCAUCACCACCACCACCACCAGGCUUACGGCGGCUCCGGCCUGGCCUUCAACUCCUCCGACUGCCUGGAUUACAAAGAGCAGACUGCAGCGUCCUCGUGGAAGCUCAACUUCAACACCACAGACUGCUUGGACUACAAAGACCAGGCCUCCUGGAGGUUCCAAGUCUUGUGAUCCCCCCCUUUUUUUUUUUUUUUGCUCGUCUGCUGCCCUCACUUUUCUUUUCAUAUUAGCCUCAUGCUCGUUUUCAAAAGACAAAUGGUUCAUGAACCAUGAGAGCAGGAACUCUGCAACUGGACUUCCUCUCUGUCCUCAAAAAAAAAAAAAAAAAACGAAAGAAAAGAAGCAGCCGUGUGAACAGAACAUGAAAAGCUGAGUAACAGUGGAAUGUUCCGUCUGCUCACAGUGAAGGUUUUUUUUUUUUUUUUUUUUAAACAAGCCUCAUCUUGGAUAACCUAAAAGAAAAAACACAAAUAUACACUUCAACCAAACUCCUCGAACGAGCAGCUUCUCUGGAUAGAAGGAAUACUUGUGGCGGCGGCAGCGUCCUCAGUACCUCCCGUCUGAUCCUGUACAGCUUUUGUUUCUGAAAUUUGUUAUUUUAGGACGACAGAGAUUUUAGUCAGCGACGUCAAGGAGCUGAAAAGUGUAAAUAAGUAUUUGGGUCAGUUACAGUGACCAUGUUUAGUUGGUGUUUCUCAAAUUGUUUAUUACCACUUGGAGCAAAAAGAAGAAGAAGAAAAAAACCUUGUAUGUAAAUCAUUCCAAAGAGAACAAAUCAGCCAUCAACUUCACUUUUUACUUUGUUUUAAGCAGGGGGUAAAGAAAAAAAAAAUGUUUUGGAAAUCUGAAAUUUCUUGGGGUGGAAUCUACUGGACACUUUCCAGAUUUUGGCCUUCACGUUUUACAAACCGAUCUCCUUUCUCGGGCCUCGUUGUGACAUUUGGACGUUUGAUCUUCAGCACUUGGCUUAACCGCUCUCCUUUUUGAGAGGAAUGUGGAUUUGUAUUUCCAAAAUGACAGUGAAAUGUUGAAUGUAUCUUUUAAAAGCAACCACCCUCACAUACAUGUUCAUCCAAUAAAGAUUCCUUAAGUUUUAUUU